AAAGCUACAUGACAUGAGAAAAAAAUGGAGUGAGUACAUGUAAAUUUGUCUUGAACUAUAAUUUCAUAAAAAUACAUCAUUAUUCAGAUCAAUUAAAAGACUCAAAAGGUAAACGUAGUAGACAAGACUAUGUCUUGAAGAUCAAAUCGAUGUCAAACUAAAAUUAUCCUACUUCCUCCUAAAUUAUAAAUUAUCGAGUCAAAAACAUCCGAGUAAACAUUUCAAACGCGUCGCGUGGAUGCGAUGCAAAACAAAGUAACUGCAGUCAGUGUUACCAUCUUCCUGUCGAACUCGAGCAUACGAUUUGUCAGACGACGGAUAUCGAGCGUGCCCUACGCCUGGCGCCUGCCACGUUAUCGGAACUGUCUGGCUGAGCAAGCCGCCAAAACCUCACCCCAUCCGUCGAGAAGGCGACGAGAACCACAGCCGGCGGGCGAGCUCCGCGAUGGCACUGCGGCUCGCCGUACAGGCGCUGUCCGCAACCCUGCUGUCGCGCGCAGAAACCACGUCCCCCAGCCCCAAGCCACCGAGCAAGAGCAACAACAGCAAGCAGCAAUCCCAAAGGCCAGCUGGGGCAGCCGCCGCCGCCACCACCACCAGCGGGAGGCGGCUAGCAACGGCGUCGGUGGCGGCGGUCCUGGCGUCGCAGCUACUGCCGCCCGUGGCGAGCAGCGGCGCCGGCACGUUCGACCUGCGGCUGACGCUGCCGGAGAAGUCGAGCGAGGAGGCCGAGGCCGUGGUGCGGACGCACGCGCGCAACCUGCUGGGCGUGAAGCGCUUCAUCGACGCCGGGGCGUGGCGGGAGCUGCAGGCGGCGCUGCGCGCCAGCGCGUCCAACCUCAAGCAGGACCUGUACGCCAUCAUACAGGCGAAGCCCACGGGGCAGCGCCCCGAGCUCCGCAGGCUCUACUCCGACCUCUUCAACAGCGUCACCAGCCUGGAUUACGCCGCCAGAGACAAGGACCAGGUCCAGGUGCAGGAGCACUACGGCAACAUCGUCUCCGCGCUCGAUGAGAUUUUCGCCAAGAUCAUAAACGAAUUAGGAGCCGGUAAAACCAUUAUUCCUAGCCAAAAGAAACCUGCCAAACAGGUUGUUACAUUUCUAGGAUACAAAAGAUGGAGCACGGAUAUAGAAUUAGGAACUUGGAUUGCGUUCACAACUUCACAUGCAGGAAGAGCAACAAAUGGCGACAGGCAAAAAGGAUCCUUCUUGCUAUGUAGCGGGUUCUUCCUAGAGAACUAUUUAGCUAGUUCUUGUGAGCUUCCUCCGCUACAUCUAUUUAGCCUAAUGUCUGAAGGAGAAACCAAAAGGAAUCAUAGUAGUUAUUUACAGGUGCAGCAAGGCCACAAAAACUGCAGUUCCUAAAAACCCUCGCUCUUUAGCCACCAAUGUUUAAGGCUAGUUGCAGGGCAGCUGAACGGUUUCAGUCACCUCUCCUUUCGCUUUCAGAUAGAGAAAGCAGGGGUCCUUGGUGAAUUGGUGUCGCCACUUGGUGUGCAAAAUCAAACAGUACUUCUCCAUAUGUUCCAUCCAUCUACCAAUAAUAAAGUCCCAAAGUCUUCCUAAA